AUUUUGAAAGCAGAUUCUUUAGUUUACAUUGACUAUGGAGUUAAGAAAAUAUGUCUGGAAUAAAGCCUUUAUAAAGCAAUAAUACACUAUAUCAUAAUGCGUAAAGUUCUGCCACUGUAAAUCAGCAUGAAUUUCGAAAGCAGAUUCUUUAGUUUACAUUGACUAUGAAGUUCGAAUCAAGAUAACUUGAAGCUUAACCUAAAAUUAUUUGUUACAGAGUAAGGCUUUUUAAGUCACCAAAAUAUAUUUCACAAGCCUGAUAAGUAACCUUUUUGUAAACUUCAUGAAUCUAGAUGUCUUUACUCCUUAACAAUUUUGCAUUGAAUAUGUUGUAUGUAUAUAUGGUUUGUUAAUAAUAUUUGUGCGUUUUCACUUGUUUCAGGAAGAUGAACAGUCACAGAACCAGUACCCCAAUGGGCAACAAGUUCAAGGGCAAGGUCCUUGUGAGGAAGCCCGUGUUUGAAUAUUCAUCAAAUGGAGAGGACAAGCAAAGCCUCGCGGUUGGCAUAUCAACGGGGGAGAAGCUGAUGAAAGUCAUCUGUUACAAGAGAGAUGCAUUUACGAAGCUUGUGGUGAAUCAGGACGUGAUCUUAUACAACGUCAUAUCCAGGACAGAAAAUGGGGUUGAAAUUCUUGUUGUAACAAGCAAGAGCAAGGUGGGCAUGACUGGUGGACUGGUUGUGCCCGAAGAUCAUCGGCGCUGUCUGGAGGAUAUGCUGAGUGACAGGGAUGCAGAGGUUGUGCCUGUCACGACAGCACUUCAAUCCCCGCCAAAACACAGGACCAGCAUUGCUGGAAGGAUUGUAAAGGAGGAAGAAACUGCGGAGCGCCAGGUCGCUGGCCGCUCAACGGCAAUGAAGGAAAUAACGAUUGAGGAUAGUUCUGGGAGAGCCAAGGUCGCACUGUGGCGCAAGAGCACUGAGUACGAGGCCCGCGUAGGUGACCAUGUCAAUGUCACCAACCUAGUGAUUAAUAACUAUCGAGGCCAGGUUAGCCUUAGCGGCACUGGCCAGACACUUGUGAAGGUUUCCGAAGCACCUGUUGAAGUGGAGUCAGUAUCCGUAGAAGGUAUAGAUAUAGAGGAUGAUUAUGUAACCUUGUUCUUGGAGGACGACCGUGAUCUGAAAGUCCCUGCUGGCUUGCUGGAGAUUGCAAUGAAUGGACAACUGGUUUGUAUAUUUUUUUUGCUGCAAAAAUGACAGUCAGAUUGAAUGUCGAGUAGCAGAAAGCUGAAACAUUAAGGUAGCGCAUUGAGUUUCAAAGUGGGUGGAGGGUGGUAAUAUACAUUACCUGAAAAGAAAGAGUUUCAGUUCCAAACCAAAUAUGCCUAUGGUAUAUGCAUAUACGUAUGUAU